AUGGUUCAUGUCAACUUCUCCGUCCUAAGCUCGGCAACUAUCGCCGCCAUUUUGGCGACCGCAUCCGUUCACGCCAAUCCGAUUUCUGGCACUGCACUGGCUCUCCGCAGCGCCAAACCUCUAAGCGAUGCGGCCUUUAUCAAGAUACCCGAUGAUCCCACGCCCAUCAAAGCGUGCGGCGGCGAAGAGAUACUCAAGCGCGAUACCAAUGGCACUGUGCCUCCAAGCCAGGCGGCCUUUAUUAGGUGCAUGCAGCAGAAGAACCCCAAUUGGCCUGACGAGGAUACCGAUGAUCCCACGGCCAUCAAAGCGUGCGGCGGCGAAGAAAUACUCAAGCGCGAUACCAAUGGCACCGUGCCCCCAAGUAAGGCGGCGUUUAUCAAGUGCAUGCAGCGGAAGAACCCUAAUUGGCCUGAUGAGAACCCUGAUGAUCCCAUGGCCUUCAAAGCAUGUGGUGGCGAGGGGCUGCACAAGCGAGAUGUCGAUACUGACUCGAUCGCACCUCCCAACGAAUUAGCGCUCCGAGCCAUUCCUCCAACCAAAUUGGCUGAAUCCGCCUUUAUGAAGUGUAUGAGAAAGAAGCACCCCAAGUUUCCAAAAGUGAAAGUCACAAACUCGGCGGACAUUCUGGCAUGUACCGGCCAGGGACAAACAAGGCGGGCUGUGGAUGUCGACCUGGCUUCUCGCGGCCUCUUUGGUACACUCACAAACGUUUUGGGAAAAGUUCUUCAAUACGAUUCAAAAUGCGACAAGAACGACAAAAACCAAUUUCCGAUUCCAAAAUACUUCCAGGAAGCGGGCCCCUUCCGUGGGGACGCCAAAGAGUGGUGUGAUAAGAUGAAAAAAGAUGUCCUCAAGCAUGGUGCAACCACAGUCAGAGAGACUAUCCCGGACGCUGUCACCAAAAACGCUUCAUGGCUCCGCCACAACCAAAAGGCCAUACUCACAAUGGCACUUGCUAUUACGCCCCAGGGGAGAGCGAUCCUUAAAGCUGCGAAGGAAGCAGACAAGGCUUAUGACAAGUGGUGUCAUUUGGCAAUCCAAACGUUUGGUACCAAGGACAAAGGAUGCACUGCAGAGCUCGGGUAUUUCAAGAAGAAGUUCCUCUUCUUCCCCAUCAACGGUGCCACCACCACAGCAAUCACUGAUGGCUACAUGGAGAUUGAGGAGAAAGCUAAUCUCAAGCUCCGGGAGUACAGCACCGCCAGCACCGCGGACCACCCUCAAGGCUGCACUGCGCCCCCAAAAGUGAAGACGAGGGUCUCCAAUGCCACCCUCAUAUCGCGCAUGGAAACAUUCGUAACCAAACAAAUGCAGCACUACGACCCGUCCCACAAUCCAGCCCACGUCGCCCGCGUCGUUCGCCUCGCCCACCGUCUCCUCGCAGCCGAGCGCGCCCGGGGUUCCAGAAUAACCUACAACGAGACUAUAAUAACCCUGGCCGCGCUUCUCCAUGACAUCGGAGACAGGAAAUACCUUGUGCCAGGCAGUACGCAAGACCCUGCCACCAUGGUCCGGGACGCAUUGCUGAACAGUGGCUGUGACCCAACACUAGCCGAGCGGGCGCAAACGGUCGUUUCAAACGUCGCAUAUAGCAAGGAGGUCAAAAACCCCAACAUCGUCGCGCGCCUUAUCGCCGAAGAUGGGUUCCCGGAGCUCGCUAUCGUGCAGGACGCUGAUCGUCUGGAUGCGAUUGGCGCCGUGGGAAUCGGGCGAUGCUUUACGUAUCUGGGCGCCAAAGGGCCCCAGCUUGCUGCUGACGGGCUCUUGCGGUGGGAGCUCGAUGACGCGGUUGGCAUUUUUAGGACGAAAUUGGUGAAUUUGGAACUGAUGAUGAAGACUGACUCUGGCCGCGAUAUGGCCCGUAAGAGAUCACUCAAAUUACGGGAAUUCAUACGCUGGUGGGAAGAAGAGAAGGAUGAAAUCAAGGACCAAGGGGCCUAG